GGGUACCAAACAUCAUACAUCCGUGUUAACCGGAUCCAUGAAGAAAAGGGGCUAUUUUGUAACCCGGCAAGAAUUCACUUUUCUCCCGUCGAGCAGAAGCCUAAUGGUACCCUAAGGUAUUUAGAAACUUGGCAAAAACGUUCUGUGCCUCAUCCAACCAUCAGAAGAUCACCCAAUCACCAUGGGGUGCGGCGGCUCAAGGUCCAUGCAGGUACCCUCAGGACCCUCGGAUUAUAAAUACAUCGUCCAGCAAACUUGGGAGAAUGUGGGCAAAACACUUGAAAGGGGUUCGUCCAGAAAGAAGCUGGUCAUCAAACGGUCUGGGUGGAAGACGGUGCGUGUCUUUGUGUCGUCGACAUUCAAGGAUUUCCACGCCGAGAGAGAAAUACUUGUCAAAGAGGUGUUUCCUGACUUGAGGCAGUGGUGUGAGAAGCGACGACUUCAUCUCGUUGAGUGUGAUUUACGAUGGGGUGUUCCCAAAGACACGUCGUCUGAGGAAACCUUGCGUCUGUGCCUGGGAGAGAUCGAUCGGUGUUACCAAGACAACAUCAUGCCCUUCUUCCUGAACCUGACAAGUGAGCGUUGCGGUUGGAUCCCAACACCAUAUGACGUCCCUGAGUCGUUGGCUAAGGAGUAUCGCUGGAUACCAGGACUGUCUGUCACCGAAAUGGAAAUCCUACACGGGGCCUACCGCAUUGACAAUCCCAACUCGCUGUUCAUGAUCCGGAAUUCCUCCUUCUUGAAGAACCUCCCCCCGGAAUAUGAGAAGGACUUCGUCGAUCCCAACCCCAUCGCUCCUCAUAAGCUGGAGAUGCUGAAACAGAUGCUGAAGAGCAAGUUGCGUGAUCGAGUGAAGUGGUACGACUGUGAGUUUGCUGGAAUUGACGAGGACGGCAAGGCAGAAUUCAGCGGGCUGAAUGACGUCUUUUCCAAGGAGGUGUUUGAGUUCUUCAAGCGGCGUAUCGAAGCCCAGUAUCCAUUGGUGGAUGCCAGCCAAGAUCCCUACCAACAGGCUAAGGAGGCCCAUGAGUCCUUCCUGAAGAGUCGGGGCCAGUCCGUCCUGGGCCGCAAUGCCAUCCUGGAGAAGAUCGAACAGUACGUCAUCGACCUAGGUCAGGACAAAGCACUGACCAUCACGGGCGGUGCAGGCACUGGCAAGUCCUCCAUCAUGGCCCGCACGGCUGACGUGGCGCAGACCAUGGCUGUGAAUAAGAAGAUCCCCGGUGGCGGAGAGCAUGGCUGGCACGUCUUCUACCAUUUUGUUGGCGCUGUGCCAGGUUCGACGGACUUAGAGAAGUGCCUAAAAAGACUCCUGAAGGAGCUGAAUCAAGUCAACGAAGCAACGAUGCCUAAGAACCUAGAGGCAGCAUGUCAGCUGGUAUGCAGCGUCCUGAGUAACCCAAAGACCGCACCCGUCAUUGUAUGCAUCGAUGCUCUCAACCAGUUUGACGACGACAAAUCCUCCACCCUCCUCAGCUGGUUGCCACGGAAACUGGCCCCCCAGGUGAGGGUGAUUCUGGCCAUGAUCAACGACACUCCCCCGCACAAGUCACUGAUGGAACGACCCAACAAACCGCAGGAGAUUGUUGUCACCCCACUGGAUAUGGAAGCCAGAAAGGAGAUCGUGACGGAGCUAUUAGGGACCUACAACAAACGUCUGGAUGCUGCACAGAUGGAGAGCCUGCUGGCAAAGGAGUCUUCUCAGAAUCCUCUGUGGUUGGCUGUGGCCUGUGAGGAGCUACGUGUGUUUGGCCUCUUUGAUCGCCUGACAGACAAAAUCAACAACAUGGCCGACGGACUGCUGGAGUUGCUGGAGCAAGUGUUCACACGCUUUGAGCAGGAGAAUGGGGGCACGUUGCUAUCGGCAACACUCUGCCUUCUGGAGACCUCAGCAACCGGUCUGCUGGAGACGGAACUGCUGAAGAUCCUCGGGGAUGAGGAUAACCUCCUGCCUCGGGAGAAGGACUCGGAGACCGGCAAAGACAAAGGAGCAGAAAAGAAGGCUAAAGAUGUGGGACCUCUUCCGGCGGCCAAGUGGGCCGUAGUCUUCCGUGCUCUCAAACCUUUCCUGCGACCGUUUGGGGAGAGCGGGGAGGGUAGGCUGGACUUCUAUCACAGGGCACUCAGCAAAGCCGUCCGCAAAAAGUACUUCUCCAGUGAAAGUGACUCCCCCGUUUCGGAUCAGCUAUGGUGGCACCGGAAGCUGGCCCAUUACUUUGAUGAGUCCGAUCACGUAGACCGCAAAGUGGAGGAGUUGCCAAUUCACCUUCUGAAGCUUGGAGACACUCAGCGUCUGACGGCGUUCCUCACCAACUGGGACGUUUUUGACCGACUGUACAAUGAAGACUAUAGCACCCUCCUCCUCAAGUACUGGCGAGAGGGUCAUGGUCAGGGAUGGCAGACAAUGAUGGGUAAUAACUACCGGGAGAACUUAGAGAAGCUAGCUGCCGACGACGGCACGUCCAAGGAGGUGCUGGCCAAGCGCUACGAGCAGAUCUCCAGGGUCAUUAACCAAUCAGGUGAGCAUGGUGCUGCUAUCACCUUGCUGGAGACGGCCAUGGAGCUGGAGGAGGAGUUGGGCUCCAGACCAGAACGAAUGGUGGAGCUCUAUGCACUGGCGUGCACUGUCUACGAUGAUAAACUGAAGUUGUAUGAAUACGUGGAUCCGUCCCAACUUCGUGAUCUGCGGCCGGUCAUUAGCUUCGCGCACAAAUCCAUCGCAAUCAGGGAAACUCUGGAGGGCCCUGUUCACAAGUACAAACUGGGUAGGAUCAAGAUUCAGCUGGCUUUCAACCUGCAGUCCUGGGUGGAGUGUGGGGCAGACAACACUUUAAGCGUGGAGGAGGCCGCCGAUGAAGGAAGGCAGCAGAUCGAGAGCGCAAUUGAGAUCUUCAAGGAGCUUGACGAUAUCGGUCACCUCGCGGAUGCCAUCAUGACAAAGGGCGUAUUGGAAGAGCGAGGCAGCGAAGAGCAGAAAAAGUACUACUUGGAAGCAAUUGAUCUGUGCCUUCAGGCCUACGGCGAGUACAGCGUACUGGCCAGUCGGAUCCUCCUGAAUACUGGCAUCAUGUACGAGGAUAUGGGCAAGUACAACCAGGCCUAUGACUACUACCUACGAUGGCAGGACGUAUGCGAGGAGGUGUUUGGAUACCACCACCCUCGUACCCAGCGCUGCCGUAACUGCCUGAAUGAACCCAUGUACCGGCGCAUCAAGCAGGCCAGGGCAGCCCAAGAGGCCAACCGCCAGGCCAGGGACCCCAGCCAAAACCAGUACGCCGACGAUGGAGUGGACUUGGAUGAUGAUGACCUUCUCAGCGACGACGAAGACUAUGACGAGGAUGCAGAAUGACAGUUACGUCCAAAAAUAACUAGGUGACAGCUGCGUUUGGAUAGAAGCAUCUUUCAGUCUUCUCAGGGGACAGAACUGUAGAGAGUAUUGAUUUUGUGUGACCGCAUGUUUUAUUGAAAGUAAAUACUCAUUUGUCUGAUCACAUGGUCAGGCAACUUCACAACCGUGACUGAUAUUAGAAACCUUGUGACAAGACCGCACCAGACCUUCCAUGCUGUGCGCUGUAAUACAAAUGAAUGUAGAAGAUAUUUUGAACAUAUUCUUUGCCUGCUGAGAAAAAUGUGAAAGCUUGCACCGUGUUUUCAAAAAAAAUCAGUUUGGAAUUUCUAAAGGAAGUUUUGGGUAAUGAAACGGAAAACAGAAAAGAGUGGGGUACCUGUCAUUUUUUGAUCGGGUAUUUGGGUAUCCCAGUGUUCAUCACAGACUUAAUAGUUACAUCAUUGGCUCUGAAAAAUGCAAUACAUGAUUGUGACUUUAACCACUUAAUGCUGGAUGACUUAUAAACACACAUACUUUUCCUUAUUUGUUCCACGGAGGACGUGUACACUCGUUUAAGAAUUCUUUUUCUCAUUUUCAUGGUUGACAUAUUAACGUGCCAUUCUUGGUUGGGUCAAAGCACAAUUUCAUGGUUGGAAAAGUUAUGGGUAAAGAAAAAUGUCCGAGCAGAUUUUUAGGUAAAACCGUUUUUUUUUUGACUAAGCAAAAAGGAAGCAGAGAACCCGUCAUGAGCACCGUACUCCGCCUGGCAAUUUGUCUGGUAACCUGUUUUUGCUAAGCAUCCAUUUUCUGUACCAAGUAGCGCCGUACAAAAGAAUCUCGGUUUGUACUCAUUCUGGUGAAAUGACAUCUAUUCAUACAGACUCCUAUCCAAAUGUGAACAAAUAAAAUUCUUUGGGUCUCGCUGUUAGGUCAUUCCAACCGGAAGAGUUCAUAGAGACAUAUCAAAAAUAGUAUUCAAUUUUGCUCAGCUGAAAAAACAAAGGGACAGCGAGCACUGAUAUGAUCCAAAGUGACCUUACUUAUAUCAGAAUGUCAGUUGCAACCUCAGGGAGGUUUCGGGUUUCCUUUUUAAAAUUUAUUUUUUAAGUGAUCAUUUGUAUAUAGUGGAAUAUUGAAGUAUUGAGUAUGUCAUUUGAUGCUUACGAAUUCAGAUAGAGUUUGAAGGGAAAUUGAUGGUGGUUCUAACCCCACCAUGGCAACUCAGGGGUCGUGUUGGUGUAAUUUAUGGUGGUUUUAACCCCACCAUGGAAACUCAGGGGUCGUGUUGGUAUAAUUCAUGGUGGUUCUAACCCCACCUGGGAAACUUUGAGGUCAUGUUGGUGUAAUUGAUGGUGGUUCUAACCCCACCUGUGAAAAUGAGAGGUUGUGUUGGUGAAUUAAGACUCCUUUUUGUGAAAACUAAAAUUACCUCACUUCACCUCAUACUCAAAAUCAUACUUUCAUUUAUACAUUAUAAGAAUUGUUAUAUUUCAAAUCUGGAUUUUAAGAUGUAUUUUGUACUAACUCGACAACAUUCCUUCGUGGGGAAAGGGGGCCAACUAACCUUCAAAAAUCUGUCUUUCAAAUUAUUUUGUAGACGAAAGUUAUGUUUUGAAGUACUUGUUCAUAAAUUUGGAUUAUUUCUCUACAUGUAGCUAGAAGCUUGAGGCAGCUAGAGUUUAGACCUGUCAUAUUUCAAACAAUUAACCACCUCGUCUUUCAGAUAAAAAUGUACAUAUUUUGAAGUUAGUAUAUUUCUGUGUGUAAGUUAUAAUUUGUGGCAUAUUAGUAUCAAGAACGACAGGAAUUUUUCCCAGUAUUUUAUUUACAUGUGACUUUCUUAAAUAUAGGAUUAUUUGCAGUGUUUUAUGAUGAAGUGAUGAAAACAAUGACAUAAAAAAAUUUUCCUGUCUUGAAGUUCACAGAAAUCUUUAAAGUACAGUCAGUUUUUGUAGAAAACAGGUUUUUAAAGUUAAACUGAAUUUGUAAAUUUCUAGACCUGUCAUUUUUUUGGUGACAAAAAGUCUAACUGAUGAAAGGGUCGUAUCCUCAGUACAUGUAGUCAGAUUUAAUUUUUUUUUAUCAAAGCAUUCUUGUCUUGAACUGUUUGUAUUCCAAAGCUUCAGUUUGUGUACAUUUCUGGUAAAAAUAGGAGUGAAUAUCUGGCAAUAAAUAUAUACAAUGGAGAUGA